ACCUGUGACGUCAUCAAUGAAGUGCAGACCGGCAUUUUGAAAGACGUGUUUGGUUCUGCAAGCCUCCGUUUUUCAAAGACUGCCGCGGCCAAAUCAAAGAAGCCAGCAUGGCUACAGAUGGCCUACAGAAAUCGAGGUUGCAGCACUUUAAAAACAAGGGCAAGGAUCAAGACGAAAUGCGAAGGCGGCGAAAUGAGGUGACAGUAGAAUUGAGAAAGAACAAGAGGGACGAGUCGCUGCUCAAGAGACGCAACGUGCCCCAGGUGGACUCCACGGACGAUGAAGAAGUUGACAGGGGCCACCCAGAUCUCCAGGCUAUUGUGGCUAAUGCAAGCAGUGGGGAUCCCAAUGUCCAGCUCAGUGCAGUCCAGUCAGCCAGGAGGCUACUCUCGAGCGAUCGUAAUCCGCCUAUUGACGAUCUGAUCAACUCCGGAAUCCUCCCUAUAUUAGUUCAAGCCUUACGAAGGCAUGACAACCCUUCCUUACAGUUUGAAGCUGCGUGGGCACUAACGAACAUUGCAUCAGGAACAUCGCAGCAAACGCAAGCAGUUGUCAACGCAGAUGCAGUACCACUUUUCUUGGACUUGUUGAGGUCACCACACCAAAAUGUCUGCGAACAAGCAGUUUGGGCAUUGGGCAACAUAAUCGGGGAUGGGCCACAGCUUCGAGACUAUGUAAUUAAACUUGGUGUUGUAGAGCCACUGCUGUCGUUCAUCAAGCCUUCCAUGCCGCUAACAUUCUUGCGCAAUGUCACCUGGGUCAUUGUAAACCUCUGUCGGAACAAAGACCCUCCACCACCCCUGGAAACUAUUAGGGAAAUUCUACCUUCCCUUUGUCUCCUCAUUCACCACACGGACAACAACAUCUUGGUGGACACAGUGUGGGCCAUUUCCUACUUAACGGAUGGCGGCAACGAGCAGAUCCAGUGGGUGAUUGACUCUGGAGUGGUGCCCCUGCUGGUGCCUUUACUUAGCCACAAGGAGGUGAAAGUGCAGACUGCUGCCUUGAGGGCGGUUGGCAACAUCGUUACAGGCACCGACGAGCAGACGCAGGUGGUACUCAACUGUGAUGCGCUGGCGCACUUUCCUGCACUGCUGACACAUCCCAAAGAGAAAAUCAACAAGGAGGCAGUGUGGUUCCUGUCAAACAUCACUGCUGGCAACAACCAGCAGGUUCAAGCUGUGAUUGAUGCUGGUCUAAUUCCAAUGAUUAUUCAUCAUCUCAGUAAGGGAGAGUUCCAGACCCAGAAGGAAGCAGCUUGGGCCAUCUCCAACUUGACCAUUAGUGGCACCAAGACCCAGGUGUCCUACUUAGUGGAACAGGGAGUUGUUGCACCUCUUUGCAACCUGCUGACCGUGCGAGACCCCCAGGUGGUGCAAGUGGUUCUAGACGGCCUGAACAACAUCCUGAAGAUUGCUGGCACCCAGUUCUAUGCUGUGGCGAGCAGCAUUGAAGAGUGCGGCGGCCUCGACAAGAUUGAGGCCCUCCAGAAUCAUGAAAAUGAGGAGAUCUACAAGCUGGCCUACGAGAUCAUUGACCAGUACUUCUCAGAUGAUGUGGACGAGGAUCCGUCCUUGAUGCCACAAUCCUCUGACCAGGGUUACCAGUUUGAUCCCAAUGCUUCCAUCCCCACGGAUGGCUUCAAGUUCUGAUGGCCAUGCUCCGAGCCUCCCGUGACCACCACGGGAGGGGCGGGGAGAGUUGCUGCCAUCGGGACAAGAGGGGAGGGGAGACGCCGCAGCUCCAGCAAGCGCGGCUGGCAACAACAGACGAGUGGCAGUGCGUGCAACUGGUGUGCAGGAGAGUGAGCGAGGCAACUCGGACACCCGUCUUCUGUGUGGGAGGUGGCGCGGGUCGGCAGUGGCACACCCCCGCUAGUGCUUCUGCAUGUUCGACACUUGCCUCUUGCGGUGGCCACCACCAACCGUCGCCAUGGGCGCUUUGCCCCCCCCUCCUACCCAGCAUUUUUUGCCAUCAGUUACUAUCAUUGUCCAUUCCCCCUUGCGAAGACUCCUCCUGUCAAGCUAGACUGUAGAGAGGGGGUCGUAGCUGUUCACAUUGUCCUUCCCUUCCUUCUCUCCUCUGCCCUUGUCCGUGGUUAUUCUUAGCGUGUUUCUUCGAAAGUGGUUGCUACAUUCUGUUUCUCUCUCUUUUUGUUCCUUGCUUUUCCACCUUUGUCACCCAUGCCUGGUGCUAUCUUGGAGAGAAAUGGACCAAGCACUGAGGAAUUGCUUGCCUUGCUUCUUUUUUUCUUCUGUUUUUGCGUGUUCUUAAUAAGCAUGUGUGGCCGCGCCAGGCGUCCUGUCCUCUGCAUAGGUGCUGUGUCAUGUUAUGUACCCAACCUCUUGCGUCAGGCCAGCUGGAUCUUGGCAAACAUGAGCAAAGGUAGGAUAAAAAAAAAAGACUGUCAGAAAAGUAGGUCGUGCACAUAGUUUAGUGCUUGAAGGCAGAUGUAUUUUGACACUCUUUUGUGCAGGUUCUGCUUUUUAUUGCUUUUAAGAAUUGUGGUUUCCUGUCAGGUGUAAUACCUCAGAAUCUUCCAGAUGGGAGGAGAGAGAAGCUAGUGUGUAAUUAUGUGUGUAAUUACUGCCUAUCCACACUUUGAGGUAACCCAGGCGAAGUUGUGUGAAAACAGGCAUGCAAAGAAGCAAAUGAUCGUAGCUAAAGAUGAAUUUUCUGAGAUAUCCGUCAAGCGAUCAAAGGCUGCUGUGCAGUGAUGAAGCACUUUCUCCAGAGAGAGUGGGACCUCUGGACGAAUUGAGCACAAUAGCAAGAGCUGCGAAAGAAGAAAAAACAGCAUCGCUGAAGAUCAGUUGUUCAUCCAGGUGCCUUAAGUUCUCCGGGAAGCUUCCUGAUGUGCCCAUGAAGCUGGACGCAAAAAGAAAAAAAAAAAGAAAAGCACAAAAUUUGUGGCCAACAGAAGAAGAAAAGGCAGCGCUGCUGUUGUGGCACUGUGGCAAUGGUGAGAAUUGCUGGACACAGCCAACGAGCAUGAAGUGCCAAUCUGUGAGCAUGUGGAGUUGGAGCUAAGGAACUGCUGCUGCUUGCUUCUGUGCCGUUUUCUAGUUUUUCUGAAGCACCCAGCUCUGGCUGCUUCGAUCCAUUUUGUGUUCCCAGUGGCAGUUAUGCUGAGAGCAUCUGGGUUUUGUGAGCAGCUCCCAAAACAGUCUAGAGAAAAAUGGUACAAGUCUAGGAUUGAGGGAUGCCUUAAGCUGACUUGCUGGGGCAUAUACUUUUCCAUGUAAAUAUUUACUGUGGUCCUGCAUUACAGCACUCAUUCGUGGCAGUAAUGCAGCCGGAAAGAGCAGGGUCUUUCUGGUUCAUUUUAAUUCUCGGCUUGAUUGCAUUGUGGCAAUCUUUGCCGCAACCUUUGAUUGUACAUGAGUCUGUUUUGCUCGAACUGACACCCCUCCUUUUCUUUUUAUGCCUUGAGCAAAACAUUAGGUGUUUAUAAUGUAGGAUUUGUACACAAGUAUGCUUAACAAAUUGUAAAGCCAUGUGAGGACACACAUGAUGGUUGUGUCACAAUUAGGGAGGACCUUCGUCAAGAUAUGGUACAAGACGAGCAGAGCUAAUGUACAAUUUUUCGACCCAGUGGCUGCUUUUGCAGCGAUGCUCUGUUUUGAGCUUGCUGAAAACCCAGAGGCUUUUCCUUUACCUUUUUUUUUUUCUCGUGUGUGUGUGUGUGACCUGGGCGAUUAAAGGUUAUCGCUCCUUUAUUGUUUUGAGCAUUGUGAGAAGUUUUGAUGGCCAGUUUAAAGCUAGUAUUACAUUUGGGACUGAAUUUUUUACUGCCUGUUUUGUCCUCGGGUGUUUAGGCCUCUUACGUGAAUAUGCAAUAGCUGUGGGGUUUCACAAAUGAUAGUCUGGCCGUACGUACAUUUCUUGUUGCAUCUAGCUUUUUUCAUGAGCCCUCCGAGAAGUACGGUCAUGGCAUGCAUAUUUUUAGGAUCAACGGUAUGCCCAUUGGGUUCUUUGGCACAGCAAGCCAGUCUCAUAAGGUGGCCAGUGUCCCGAAGAGUCUCUGUUCUAUUUGCGGCAAAGAACAUACAAGAAUGUGCUGAUCAUCAUAUCUUCAAAGUAUAGGUAAAAAACAUGUUAUCUGGAUCUAUUUUUCUUUUCUCUCUCUCUCUCUUAGUGCCAGCAAAGUUCUCGAGGCACCAUUUUGUGAACUCGCAGUGUGCGUUAGGUGCUGAUUGUGAAAUUGCUCAAAUGACCCAUUUAUUUUCUCUGGAAGGAGCGUUACCCAGUCUGCGCAGAACGGUGUAAUUGCAGGAAGUACGAGACCCGUCUCUUGUUGAUGCUGUGUUAAAGCUUCCCAAACGUCCAUAUUCAAGUGGAUCGAAACGCCGCCUUGUGAUAUACAUUGUCUGAAGAAGAAGUAAAAAAAAAAAGUUUCUCUCUCGCCUUGAAGGAUCGUUAUACCAGGGUGCAAUUGUGUUGUGGGGAGGUGGAGCCUGGCAAUCCUUAGUGUUGUUCUUUGGUAGCAUUCCUCCUCCGCCUCUCUGGGCCUCAUGUAGCGGGCUCUGGUGGGCAUGCAACGUACAGUGCACUACGAGACUAGUGUAUCCUGCUGUGGUUUCAUCCUCUCUGUUGCCCUACCCCCUCCCCCUGUGAGCAUUGUUUCCAGGGGGCUGUAUGUGUGUGUGUGCAUGAUUGUGUAUGUGUGCAUUGUUGGGCACAGCUUGGUGAACUUGAAGCACUGUGUGCAUAUGUGUGCUGCUAAACGCUUGUUACUAGCGGCCGCUGUUUUUUCUCAAAGCCGGUGACAGCUUGUUAAGGGUGCGUUUGGUGCCUGCAUAUAUUUUUUGCUGGGCCAAACUGUCGGUUAAUGCAGAUUUUUUGUGAAAUGAGCUCAACAGACUCCUCCUUGAUAGGCCUUAUUCAAAUUGAAUCUUCAGUGACCACUCGCAUGGUGCAUGCAGGACGUUUGCUUGCUCAGCUCUCGAAUCAAGUUCACCAAGGUGUGAUAAAUUCCUGUUUUGAGCACCCAUUGUCUUUGUUGGGUGAACAGCAGCUGACAGGUAGUAACUAAUUAAUCUGUCGUUGGCUCUAUGCCUUAAAUUAUUUUUCUCCGCCAGAGGGUCCUGCGUCUUACAGCCUAGGGCAAAGAAAGCCGAGUGCUUGUUAUUUUGAUGUGUUACCUUCCUGUCGAGCUGGUGUGCCCUGUGCGUCUCUGGACUGUGUGCAGUGCAUAUAUAUAUAUAUAUCUUUGUUGUUGUUUUUUUUUCGUUUUGGCGUCUCGAUGCUCUUUAGAUGUCGUGGUGCACCUUUGUAAGGAAAACAAAUGUCUCCAAGGAGGACCAUUGUACAUACACUGCAAAGCAAAUACUACCUGUAAAUUUCUUUUUGGUGGGAAUCGAAAUUUGUUUUCCUUGCAAAGAUGUUUCUCCUUUAAAGCUCCUUGCAGGCUACCUUUAGGUUUACAAAGAGUAACAUGAAAUUGAAAAUUUUUUUAUACUGUAUAGGACAUGCUAUUUCAAUCGGCACACAAUUUAAAGGGUGAUUGAAAUGCCCCUUGUAAACCGAGGUGCCAUGGCAAAUAAAAAAACUAUGAACCUGGUAAUCAAACAA